AUGCCUCAGACUAUCACAAGACUCUUCGCCUCGGCAACACUGGUUGGCGUUGCGGCUUGCAUAGUGGUCACGCCUGGCAUACCUACUGGUGGCCUGGAAGCUGCAGGAGUCAAAGAUAGCCGUUUUACCUACGAAGAGCACCCAAUUAUUCCGCCCAAUCCUAAUGCUAUCGGCACCUUUGUGGAUGGACCUACAGGCCUCACAUCGGGAAUUAUCAUGAGCACGGGACUUGUUAAAGACGCAGAGCUGGGCAGGAUUCCUAAUACGAACUUUGGUUACAUACAAAGUGAUCCCCUCAGACCCUGCGGGGUCGGGACCAGCAAGGAGAACCUGUACUACGGAAUGUUUAUCAACAUCCCAGCAGGCGUUACUAGUCUCAGGGUCAACUACUUGUUUCUAACUCAAGAGCUCAUCACAGGAAACCAAGACUCGGCGAUUAUCUACAAGGACGGGAUAGCGCAAGCUCAAACUGGUAUAACAGCCCAAUCACCACUGACCAACACUGGUGCAAUGUUUGGAAUGUCAUACGCUCGCGCUGGGGCAAUAUCAAGUUACGAAUUUCCUGUCACGCCAGGUUCACAGCAGCACUUGGAUUUCGUGCUCUGCGAGGCAAACAACGGCGAUUUCGACUCUGCUCUACUUGCUGAUAUCCACGACAUCAAGCUCAACUUCGACAGAUACCGCUACCUCCAGCAGUACGUCAAGCUCAACUUCCACUUCGACCACUACCUCAACUUUUACCACCACUUCGAGCAGUACUUCAAGCUCAACUUCAGAGCUUACAACAAGCUCAACCCUGAGCCUGAAAUCAACUUCGACGUCAGAGUCUACCACACUCUCAUCCUCAGAUCCUACAACAAGCAUAGCACUAACCAGCACGUCAAGUUCUACAUCAGAGUCUACAUCAAGCUCAGCUUCAAGCACAACGUCAUCUUCGGCUGUUGA